CCACGUUGGGCGCCAAGAAUGUUGGCGAUCCGCUACCGACUAGUACGGUUCAGAACCUUGGUGAGUAAAGAAUUACUCCGAGGGGAUAAACAAGGUCCAAACAAAUUUAUUUCACUCCCAACUCCCAGCCCCCUGUCCCAAUUUUAACGCCAGGAAUUUAAAAGUGGCGGGCGAUCCCUCGAGGGAAGGGAAGCGUGCCAAGUCCUGUGUUCUUCUCCUUUCCUACUUUGUUGACAUGCCCGUAGGCACUGUGUCGCUUCCUGAUUGGCCUGAGUGUUUAUGGAGACUCCAGGUCAGCUCGCCUUUUAAUGACGAAGCAUUAUUCGCUGUUAGGUGCUGGGGGCUUGGGACUCGAAGUUCCCUCUAAUGUCCUCUCAAGUAGUCAGUAUACCUGCCUUGGACUGCUCACCCACUGUUUUGGGGCCGUCCUUCUGUAUUCGCCCAUGGUCACCCUUCCUCAGCCGGAGCUGGAGCGGCUCAUCAUCCAGUCCAACGGGCUGGUUACCACAACCCCGACCACCACCCAGUUCCACUACCCCAAAGUGACGGCCACGGAGGAGCAGGAGUUUGCCGAAGGUUUCGUCAAGGCCCUGGAGGACUUCCAUAAACAGAACCAGCUACGUGGAGGGCCUGGGUCGGCCGGAGCCGCGGGGGGCUGUGCCCAGCCGGCGGGGGGAGAGGGGCCGGCGUCGAUCACCCCACCCCCGGGGUCCCCGGCCGCCGCCGCUUCUCUCACGCAACAAGAGCCGCCGGUCUACGCCAACCUCAGCAGCUACACAGGAAACGCAACCGGCGCGCUGGGCAGCACCACGGUGAAUUACUCGACCGACACGGUGCCCUACCCGCCCCCGCCCAGCCUGGGCCAGCCCCAACCUCACCCCCGGCUCCAGGCGCUCAGGGACGAGCCCCAGAUCGUACCCGACGCGCCCAGCUUCGGCGAGAGUGCCCCGCUCUCCCCCAUCGACAUGGACACACAGGAGCGCAUCAAGGCCGAGCGCCAGAGGCUGCGGAACCGCAUCGCUGCCUCCAAAUGCCGCAAAAGGAAGCUGGAGCGGAUCUCGCGGCUGGAGGGAAAGGUCAAGAGCCUCAAGAGCCAGAGCACGGAGGGGGCAUCCACCGCCAGCCUUCUCCGGGAGCAGGUGGCGCAGCUCAAACAGAAGGUGCUCAGCCAUGUCAACAGCGGCUGCCAGCUGCUGCCCCAGCACCAGGUACCCGCUUACUGAGGGGCCCGGGAGAAGUUUUCCGAGGGAGGCACGAACGCGGAGCACGCCCAGGUUGGCAUCCGCCUACAGACUGAGGCCCCGCUGAUCCGCCAUCUUCUGCCAGCACCUCUCGUUUUGGUUUGGUUUUGGUUUUACCCCCUUUCCCUUGGAGGUUUAGAAAGUUGGAGACGGCUGAUUUUUUCCGUGAAAUAAAUCAAUACAUGUUUUUCGGGCAGCCGGCGGGUACCAAGAACAGCGCAGAAAUCCCUCCUACCCUCUCUCAUCUAGGAGGCCUCGAGUUUGGGAAUUAUACCCCAGGGGUUAUUUAGGAGGGCUCAAGCAAUGAAGAAAGAUAUGGGAUAUGGGAUGAAGAAUAAGGCGAGGAAUAUGGGCUAGGCAAGCGAGGAAGGAAAAGGAUGGAAGGAUGGAAGGAAGGAGAAGAGAAUUGAGAGAAUGAGCAAAGGGCUCGCAGUCAAGGAGGGGCAAGGGGCAAGUGAUUGCCAAAAUCGAUAAUACACUUUUUUGUUCACCCCCACAGCCCAUUUUUGAACUAUUCACAAUAGGUGAUCCCAAUGUUUUUGUUUCUACUCCCUCAAAGAUAGGUGUAUUGUUCCCUUGUAACAGUCCAACUUCAAGGACUUUUGCAGGUGAAACGUGACAAUUUUAAGGUGGUUUGUUGUUUUUUUUUGUCUUAAGUGUGCUAUUUAUAUUAAAACUUGGGAACAUCGGUUAAAAAAAUGCUCCACAUUCCUGUAUGUAAUACCUUUCCAUCAAUAAAAUUUUAUUGAGUGAGCUCUGA